CCCGCCUUCCGUUGUCACGCGACCGCCUCCACCUCCCGCCCUUCCCUCUUUACCUCCGGGCCGGCUUGCCCCGUGAUGAGAUAGUCGGACCGCAGUCGUGGAAGUGGCGACGGCAACUGCAAUCACGUCCACGACCGCGACCAUGGCCGAGUGUCAAGCCCAGAAUAAAGCCAAGCUCAUCUCUGACGUCCGACGGAGGUUCGAAGCUGAGUAUGUGACAGAUAAGUCAGAUAAGUAUGAUCUACGUGAUGUUGAAAGACUACAACAAGAUGAUAACUGGGUUGAAAGUUACUUAUGCUGGAGGCAUAAUGUUGUAGAUGAAACACUGAAGAUGCUUGAUGAGAGUUUUCAGUGGAGGAAAGAAAUGUCUGUCAAUGACCUGACUGAAGCCUCCAUUCCCAGGUGGUUACUGGAAAUUGGUGGUAUUUAUCUCCACGGUUAUGACAAAGAAGGCAACAAGUUGUUCUGGAUCAGGGUGAAGUAUCAUAUAAAAGACCAGAAGACCAUAAUGGACAAAAAGAAGCUUAUUGCGUUCUGGUUGGAACGGUAUGCUAAGAGAGAAAAUGGGAAACCUGUAACAGUGAUGUUUGACCUGUCAGAGACUGGAAUAAAUAGCAUAGACAUGGACUUUGUACGCUUCAUCAUCAACUGCUUUAAGGUUUAUUACCCUAAAUACCUCUCAAAAAUGGUGAUCUUUGAUAUGCCUUGGAUAAUGAAUGCUGCUUUCAAAAUUGUGAAAUCCUGGCUUGGUCCAGAAGCAGUGAGUUUGUUGAAGUUUACAAGUAAAAAUGACGUCCAAGACUAUGUCAGUGUAGAAUACCUGCCUCUUCACAUGGGCGGAACUGAUCCUUUCAAGUAUAGCUAUCCACCACUUGUAGAUGAUGACUUCCAGACACCGUUGUGUGAAAAUGGGCCUAUUGCCAGUGAGGAUGAAGCUUCAAGUAAAGAAGAUAUAGAAAGUGAUGGCAAAGAAACCUUGGAAACAAUUCCCAAUGAAGAACAAACAGCUCUUCUUAAAAAGGUUAACAUAAUUGAACCUACUUUCAAAGCAGAAGAGAAUGAAAAAGUUGAUUCCAAAAUGAAAGCUUUCAAGAAACCAUUGAGUGUGUUUAAAGGGCCCUUAUUACACAUCAGCCCAGCGGAAGAACUGUAUUUUGGAAGUACAGAAUCUGAAGAAAAGAAAGCUUUAAUAACGUUGACAAAUGUAACGAAAAACAUAGUGGCAUUUAAGGUGAGAACAACUGCUCCAGAAAAGUACAGAGUCAAGCCCAGCAACAGCAGUUGUGACCCGGGUGCAUCAGUUGAUAUAGUCGUGUCUCCCCACGGGGGUUUAACAGUCUCUGCCCAAGACCGUUUUCUGAUAAUGGCUGCAGAAAUGGAACAGUCAUCUGGCACAGGCCCAGCAGAAUUGACUCAGUUCUGGAAAGAAGUUCCCAGAAACAAAGUAAUGGAGCAUAGGUUAAGAUGCCAUAUUGUUGAGAGCAUUAAGCCAACCACUCUUACAUUAAAACACCAUGCCUUUAACAUGUCAGAUAAAACCGGUGAAGAGCUCUAUCUACAGCUCAAUCGUUUACUAGAAAGCAAUAGGAAGCUUGAAGACCAAGUUCAGCAUUGUAUCUGGUUCCAGCAAUGGCUGCUUUCCUUAACAGUGGUCUCGCUUGCUUUUGUCAUCUCUCUCUUCUAUUUGUUGUACAGUUAAAGAAGUGGUGCUCGGUAGGAAACAUGGCUUUUCCGUUCAUUAGGUGGAAAAAGUACCACCCAGAACUUCUCCACCAUGCUGAAAGUGUCACACAUCUGUGCUUCCUUCCUCCAAGGAAAUGUACGGCAUUUGGGGGGGGGGGGGGGGGACUGAAACAUGUCUUGAAAAUAAACUGUUAACAAUAAGGAAACGCUGAAGAUACUGAUUACAAGAAACUAUAGGUAGUUAGUCAAGUACGUAAAGGUAUAUCUGUUGUGUGACUUAAUAGAGAUAAUUUAUUUUUCCCUUUUGAUUUAAUACUUUUAAAGCUUGUUUUAUCAUGUAUAUAUGUUAGCUGAACGGAAAAGUAACAUGCUUUGUUGCAGCCAAAAACUGUCAUCUGCUUUUUUUUUGACAGAAUUAUUAUAGCUGAGCCAACUUAUUAGCUUUUCUAUACUAUGUAUAUAGAAGAACAUGUAUAUUGAAAAAACAUACAGAGUAAUUUCUGUAACCAUGACUUUGUAAUUUUGAGAACUACUAACAGAUGCUAGUCGAUGUUCUUUUGGAAUGUACAACUACUUAAUGCCAAACCACCUUUAGCCUUUGUUUCUUAUCCGUCUUCCUUAACGGCCUGCCUGCCUUUUAUUAAUCUCAGACUUUUUAAUGAACACUCACACUCUCAUUUAGCUAGGAUUUGGGGAACUAAGUCUGGUUGGAUUUUCUCUAAAUUCUGUCCGUCAGUAACGUCCAGAAGAAGAACCUCUCCUGUCUUUUUUUACGCAGUUUCACGUUGCUCUCUCUGGCUGGACAGGGACCCUUUUGCUUCACUUAUUAUAAAGGCCUGAUCCUCCAUUGGACCAUCUUCACCCUCCUUUCUAAACGAAAGGAGUUAGAUAAAAUUUUUUUGAAAAGUUAGUUUUUGAGAUGCAGAGCAGUAUAAUUCAUUUACAUUUCAAUUCCUUGCUAAAAUCAGCCACGAGAAGGGAACUUUCGGUAAGGGUGAAAAAAUAAAUCGAAAGUGUCACUUCUCGGUUUAAGAGUGAAAAAUACUGUAAAAACUUCAGACCAGGGUUAAUUGACUCACUUGAUAUAUUCUGCCUUUGUCACAGCAAUACUGAGGACGGUUCCUCAAUUCGUAACAUGAUACACCUCGCAGGAGCAGAGCCUAAUGCAAGUAGUUUGUUUUCUCAUUUAAUAUAAACAGUUUUGGUCCAUGUUGGUUCACAUAUAAAUCUACUUUAUAUGAAAGAAAAAAAUAGUCUGCCUGUAAAAUAAAUUUUGAGUUUUGAUUGAGCCAUGUUUGCAGAAUGUUUUAUUCUGAGGUUGUAGUGUUGGCGGCUUUCAUCUUGAGAAUGUGAUGAUUCCCAAAUGGCAUUAUGAAGAAUGAAAAAAUAGAGUUCCUUCAAAAUUGGCCUAGGAAAUAAAACCUUAAAUGGACACUGGUCUGAUACUUCGUCUUAAUUUGGGUUUUUCUGUUUCAGUUUGCCACCUCCAGACGUGAAACUGACUGCAGCCCACCCUAAGUACUGUCCAUAGUAUCUCCCUGUGUGUGUGCACAGCGAUUUCCCCUUAUAUGUUAGAUUCCUGGCUUUGUUAUAAUCUAAUCCCGAAGUAUCUGUGUAUGUGUUUUGUUCUUCAGCAAAUAAGUGAGGAAAUAGUCAAAAUUGGAAAUGUAUUGUCCUGACGGUGUCCCUUUAAUGUUUCACAUGAAAAUUACAUUGACUCACUAAAAUGUUUUUCCCUGAUGUCUGGCCAGUUGAAUUUAAUAACAUUUCUUGUUAACAUUUGUGUGUCUAUUAAAUGUGACUAAGCAAAAUAUAUUGAAAAUUAACCAUAAAAUCAAAGGCAUCUAAACUUCUGUACUUGUCUUAAUUGAUCACAUAUAUUUACAUUUGAUUUUAUUGUGUCUUUGUUUGAUUUUAUUUAAUCACGUCUGUAUGACUGAGUACGCUAUAAUUAAUAAUUUUAUUUUUUAAUAUGUCAUUACCUGUUCAUGACCAAAUUACCAAGGACCAACAUUCAGAUUUAAAUUAUCUUCACUUGGAAUGGAAAUUCAUAGAGUUUCCAUAAAAACAUUAAUGAAAUACUUGGAAUGGAAAUUCAUAGAGUUUCCAUGAAAACAUUAAUGAAAUAUCAUUAUAGGCAAGUAGCCUAAAGAUACAAUUGCUGGUAAACCUAGCCUCAAAUUUCAUAAUAUACCAUAACUGUUUUUAUAUCUUGCCACUAAUUUUGACUGGAUUUAAUAGCACUUUAUUGUACAAUUGCAAAAAACAAAAA